AUGGCUAAUCGCUUGCGCGUUGACAACGGUGUCAUCGAUAAGAUUAACGACGAUUCCGAAAAGACCGACUUCUAUUUCUUUGAGCUGCACGAUGUUGAUAAGAAUGACAAACUGGACGGGAUCGAGUUGACCAACCUUUUUAGAAAUUUAGACCAGAGCGCCGAUUUGGCCGCCUUGAUUUCCCGAGUAGACGACAGCUUGAGAGAAGACGAUGUCGACAACGAUGGGUGGUGGUUGGUAGCGUCAGCGAAGGGUUAG